AUGAGUCGGCGCAUGGGAAGCAGCUGCAAGGCAUGCCGUAAGGCUAGAAUUGGAUGCGAUCUCAUCCUUCAGCAAGGCGAAGAUCCAUGCACAAAUUGUGUACGGAGGAAGAAAUUAUGCAGCCCUCAAGGCCAUCAGGAUACGGCGGAGGGCCAACGCCAUCCUCGUCAAAAUGUCAAACCAGCCUCAGAAACACGGCAAGCACUGACGCAGAAUCCAAGGUCACCGAUCUCGACAGGCUCAGCAUCUGUGGUAGAGCCUUUCAGCUUUGAUUUGGAAGAGAUUGCCACUCGACGGACGCAAGCGACGCUGUUGCAUGACUUGCUCUGUGACAUUUUCAUUUCACUCUUUGAGUCUCGCUUCUCACUUUGGCUCGGUGACAGUUGUUGUCCGUACCUAGAUGUGACGACGGGGACCAAGUCGUUCGUAACGAGAAUAGCCAUUGAACUUGAUGAACGCCGUUCAACAGAUCAAGACGUGUCAUCAACCGCCUCAGAUCUCCUCUCACCCAUCUCGAGAUCCUCAACUGGAAGGAGCACCCGUGAUGCGAUCUUAGAUGAUGCACUGCGCCAUUCCAUCUAUGCUUAUGCAGCACGUUGGCUCCCGGUUCGAAGUGCUCUUGAUGUUGCAAAUCCAGGAGAUACUGCUAGGUCGAGAACCAAGCAGCAACAAAUACGUGAACAGUUCUGGUACAAGGCACGCGAAGGCGUUCAUGCUGCACUCACUCGACCGAGCUGGCGUUCUGUCCUCGCCCUUUUGCUCUUCACAUUGACGGAAAUGCCGAUAAACAAUGAUGACCCGGGGAUCAGUGAUCUCUGCACACAAACCUUGUUCCACCACUUCGUGCGACUUACCUCCCCAUUUAAACAGUCGGCUGCCCGCCCACUGGCUCAAAGUACGACGUCUAUUCCCCUUGCACAAACAGCUGUGGAAUAUAGCAUGCCGCCAAAGCAGAAACUCGAAAUUAACCCAAGAACUCAACACCUACAAGACUCAAUAUAUUGGCUUGGAGUGCUUUGCGAUAGUAGCAGAUCAUUGAUACGACAAUCUCCUCCUGUAUUACUGCCAGGCAGAUCAGGGGAGAGACGAGUUUGGGAUUUUAUUCGUCAACGAACUGUCAUCUUUGAUCAAUCUUUUCGAGUACUACACGAUUCCCCACUUCCUCUCCCGGCCGAUGUCAUUGUCGUGGUGUUGCAACAUGCGUCGGCAUGCAAGACAAUGUAUCUCGGCGUCUUGAACCAGUUCUGUGAUGCAGCCUUCUAUCACAAGCUCGAGCCGGUGGAGGAUGCAGCGCGACGAGUAUCAGAUGAAUCGAGGAGGUUUCAUGAUGUCUUUGACAGACUACUGGCCAUGUGCGCACGAGAAUACCUGACCAUGAGUUCAGAGAACCAGAUCCACUAUCUACUCUUAAUCACCCACUACCAUCUUGGUUCCUUGAUACUGGCAGACAUGCUCGACACCCUGGGCAGCGUUCCCGAACCCUUAUCGGACCCUAACACAAUACGCCUGAAUGCCUGCAAAGCAAUCAUUAACGCACUGACUUUGCCAAUGAACUACGAUCGGUACUCCCAGGAAGACUCACCCUAUGCUAGCCGACUACUGUGUGAUCCAACUCCAGAACUCAUGGUCGAAGUUCUUGCUAGGACCGGCAAUGCCAUAUUCACAGUCCAUCGAGAUGGGAAGAUUGAAGUCCAUACAGCACAAAUCAUGCUCUCCUUCGUUUUCAGUGCGUUGACUGUCUUGUGCGCAAUAUCCGUCAGCGCUUCAUUUGUCUUGUCCUCCCUCACGCAUAUCGCAUCAAGCGACGGGCUGAAGAUUAAGACGGACAACCAGUCUUCCGCAGAUGGGCUGGUCGCCAGACAGAAAGACAUUCAGCUCCUUUCUCGAUGCGACACACAGUACGUCGGGGAGUUUUUGAGGGAGGCACAGAUCCAGACGAACAUGAAUAUUUUGACGUUGGACGGAACCAUUAAGAAAUACGAAAAAACACCAUCAUCUCUGACCUCUACCGUGUCCCAGGAUUCCCAUAUGAUGGACGAUGUAUUUGCGAGCUGCUCUUCAGCCCUAGAGGCAUCUGCCUCCGCCUUCCAAGCGAGUCUCAAUGAGACCUGGUUGGUAUCGAGUAUCCCGACUCCAGCCACGUCACAAGCGGAGCUCAGCGUGCACGAUGUGAUGAUAGAAGUAUCCGAGACAUGA